GAGACAAUGUUAAAUAAAAUUAUGAAUCAUUAUAUAAUAAAUUAUAUAUAUUUAUAUAUUUUUAUAUAUAACGUUAUGUGACGUUAUGUAUUUAAAUAUGAUUACAUAUAAAAAUUUUUUACCAAAUGAUUACUUAGAUUUAGAAUGGGCGAUCGGUCUGCAUCGCGGUAUGCUGAAAAUUGUGGGCUUAUGGCCGCAACACAACCAAGAUCAAUAUAAAGAAUUCCUUUCAAAGUUUCGGAUGUUAUUUAAUGCUACGAUAAUAAUAUGCGUAUUGACUAUACCAGCUUUAGCUCAACUAAUGAAAGUAUGGGGCAACAUGAUCCAAUUAUUAGAUAAUUUGCAAUUCUCCCUGUCUUUUUUAGUAACGGCACUUAAAAUCUUCAUUAUGUGGUACAACAAAGGAGCUUUAUCGCUGUUAAUUGAUAUGAUUGUGAAAGAUUGGAUGCGAGUGAAAAUGGAUGAAGAGCGAAAUAACAUGCUUAAGAAUGCCAGGAUCACCCGCUUAUUCGCCAAAAGCGGAAUAUUGAUUACAAUUCUCGCAGGACUCAGCAGAAUCAGCUCUGUAUUUUUUAAACAAUACUUUGGUCAUGUGAGAAAUCUCACUAGUUUUGAAAGAUCUUUACCGCUUCCUGCGUACUACUGGUACGAUGUAUCUAGUAGUCCGAAAUACGAACUAAUAUAUCUGGCACAAGCAAUUGGGUUAUUUGUAUGCGGUCUCACUUACAUCGCGGUCGACAACUUCCUUGGAUUACUGAUUUUACAUGUAUGUGGUCAGAUGGAGAAUCUAUAUCUGCGAUUAUUUCAUCUGGGGAAGGAUCCGGAUUUCAGAGCAGUUUUAAAGUGCAACGUUAAAGACCACAUUCGUUUAAUCAGUUGCAGAUCUGUAGAAACCAUUGAUGACACAUUCUAUUUAUUGCUGCUAGGCAUGAUAUGCUUUUUUAGCAUACUAUUCAGUUUUUAUGGAUUUCUAGUUAUUAAUGCUGUUAAUCAAAAUGCUCACAUGUCUAUCACACAAUUGGCUUCACAUAUUUCUGCGUGUAUAUCUCUUUUAAUUCACACUUGUCUUUACUGUGCAGUAGGCGAACUUCUCGUGAUUCAAUGUGGAAAAAUACAUAGUGCUACGUAUGAAUGUGUAUGGUACACUCUAGAGCCAAAAGCAGCAAGAGAUUUGACAUUAAUUAUGCUCUGUGCAAAGAAACCACUCAAUAUCACAGCGGGAAAAAUGUUUCCAAUGACAAUGUCUACAUUCUGCAGCUUAUUAAAAACGUCGGCGGGUUAUGUAUCAGUUUUACUUGCCGCUCGAAAUUAGUAACAAAUAAUUACAGGAUGAAUCGGUAGGUUUGCUUGUUUAUUAUGUGAUGUAAUGAUGUAGAAAUAAAAAUUGUUUUCAUAAAUA